UUAUCUUUUCCCUCCAAGAUUCAGAGUCAGAGGAAAGAGAGGGAGGAAGAAACAAGAGAGAGCACAAGUGAAAUUGCUCGGUAUUAUAGGUAAUGGACCCUCUUAGUGUGACAGCCUCGGUUGCAGGCUUGCUCACGGCCGCGCAUGAGGUCAUCAAGUUGCUGAAGCCGUAUGUUUCGGCUGCUCGAGAGACCCCGGGGAUCAUUGCGCAUGUUCGCGAUGAGACUGAGAGCACACGGAUCGUGUUAGUCGGUCUGCAGUCAAUCGUCCAGGGAAUACCCGGGAGGGUAACUCCCGGGGGUGCGCUCGUCGGUGUCGAUCAGGUCGUCAUAAUAUUAACCAGUGGCGUCCUGCUGUUUGCAGAGCUCGAGGGAGCGGUCCGAGGUUUAGUAGCAGCUCCACCAUCGCUGCGUAAUAACGAAAAUUCUAGCAAUGCGGCACUCUCACCAACGCAGUACCGACUGCCGCUACGAGCAAGGCUACAAUGGGGGCACCGAGAACAGGCGCUGGGACCGCUACUGACGCGGCUGCAGGGGUUCAAGGUGUCGGUAACGGCGGUCUUGAUGCUGCUACAGAGCGACUCGAACCGUCGAGCAGAGCACCUGCAAACGGAGUUGGCUAUCAAUAUCGGGGCUCUUCUGGAUAGCAAUCACGACUUGUCGCGGCGCAUGAUGAGACUCGAGAAUCCCUCUUACGUGCCGACGAGCCGGUCGCAGAGUAGACGGAGCAAUAUGUCCAAUGCGACGGUGACAAGGCUCGGGAGCAUUGCUGCCGCAUCAGCUUCGAGUGGGCAGAGAGCAGUAUCUUCGGAGGUGGCUGCGGAACAAACGGGCACCGCAAACGCAGUCACCGCACCAUUAACACCUCCCUCUGAGACAACUCUUUCGGUCUCCAAACCCAAUUCUCGGUCAGUAUUCGAGUUUGAGAGCGACCUCGAGGCAUCGCCCGUGUACCGCCGGGUCAAGCGCGAUACAAUGGAUUUUUCCUUCCGGAGUUCUGUUGCACGUACACAUGCCUGGUCGAUAUUCUCGGGUCGAAGUCUCGCUGAUGUAUCCGUGCUCUCUGUUAUCGCACUACCCCUCGACGUGGAGGAGGUGACGAACAAACAUCAUUACAUCAACACUUGCGGCCAACAGAUGACUCCAGUAGUGGAAGGGAUCACGAAUACUCCCAAGCCAAAGUCUCUACGGGGAGAAGAGCAGUUUAUUUUUCGCGACUGUUAUAUGAUCUACUCCCAACUAAUUCAGAUCCCAGGGUUCCCGGAACUGUUCGAGACGGAGUGGCAAGCGCAGCAAGUAGCGAAUGACGAAGGCGCCGUCGCAAUGGAUCAGUCGGGGCAGAGCCCAGCACCGCAGCUUAAUAUGUUCAGAGCCUUGAAGAGCAUAUUCCAAACAGAUGCGCCGUAUCGCCUCCUUUCUGGCGAGCUCGGGUGGAACCUAGAUGAUGAACUGCAGUCGUACUCCAACCAGUCUUCCGAUCAAGUAGCGAAGAAAGCCUAUUCCCUUUUCUUGCAGCUCUGUAUGAAUUCUGGUAUUGAGAUUGGCGAUUUACCUUGCGCUGUGGAGAGUCCACGCUUCACCAACAGCGGUUUUCUCAGGGUGUUGGCAUGCGUCAGCAAGUCUCUUAACGAUCUAAUUGGUAGCGGAGUGAUCUGCCCGCUCGAUGUAUACGACCUCGACGCCCUCUUGUCCCGAGAAAGUUCAUUGUGCCUACCUCAAGAAUGGGCUGGCCAACAUCAGCAUUCGUUUUUCAAGCUCGUGGAUUCUCAGCGAUCGUUCGUUCAGGAUCUCCUAUCCCUGAUUGAUGCUUUAGAAAAGUUAGCUCUGUACCAUCCACUGCUCUUGUCAGAUCAUCCUCACAUAUCACCCUUGUUCUUUUCAUGCUACGCGGACUCUGAGAUUGAACUUCUGCUUGCGGUUGAAAGAAUGAUGUUGUUACCACCCCGCGAGCACUUUUGGGCCAGUUUGAUUCGUCGGUGGUCUGUCACAGCCGAGACUCUAGGCUCCUUGAUGAUCACGAACAACAGAAAAGUUGGAACAGUUCUUCAGGAAGUUAUAAGAGAGAAACGCAAUAUUCUUACAUUCCAGCCCGACGAUGAAGAGCUCUUACAAAAGGAGCUAAAACUCAUCACAAGCUGCACAGAAUCACUAUCGAGUUUGUCCAGGAUCUUUCCUCUAAUAGCCCAAACUUUCCGAGAUAUACUGGACGCCCCAUCUGGAGACUUAGCGGAAACAGAAAUGAUAGAUUCAGCCCAGCAGAAGGACUUUGCAGAAGGCCGACGACUUGUGGACCAUACGCUUCGGGUUAUGAAUGGGAUGAUUAGGCAGACCGAGCUUGAGGAUGAAUUAGGGGAUAUUCUCCGUUGCUUGAAAGACUGCCGGAGUGAAAGAUUUGGACACCUUAUUCGGACUGAUAACUUACACGUUACCCCAAGCUAUUCAGUUCGAGCCGAAAAGUACUAUGUCUAUCUAUUCGAAAAGAAUCUUCUAUUACUCACGGGACUUGAAUAUGAUUCCGAGGAAGGGCAGGAAUCACCUGUGCUAGGUAAACAGCAUUGGAUCGCCCAUGACCCUACUAACAUUCAGCUGAAUGGUAUGAUAUACUUCGCCGACAUCAUGAAUGUCGAAUUAUUGGGCAAUUACGGAGUGUAUAUAUGGUGGCGAUCAGGCGACAGCAACGAAAACAUCUUAUUGAGUUUCACAAGCGAACAACAGACAAUGCAGUGGUACGAGUCUCUAAAAACCCUGGAAAGAAAGUAUCAUACGCCCUCUGUCAUGCAGAGAAGAUCUGAUGUCCACUCCUUCGUCUCGCUACAACCUGCUCAUCAGUGUGAGAAUCUACACGCAGGUGAAGGCGAUGAUGACGACGAGCCCGGUUGCGAAGACAGCAUGAGCAAAGAUGAUUCAGAGACCGCUUCACAGUUUUUCCCGCAUCACCUGCAGAGUUCGAAACCGACGUCGGAUCUGAUGCAAUUGUCUGCUGGUACACAGUCACUGUUAACUCCCCCCUUGACGCCGCCCCCUCGCCUGCAAGACCGCCCACUUUUAUAUUCGAGGUCGCCACAUCAGACAGGCUCUAAAACUAGCUUGACAAGUGGUUGGAGCAGAAGGAGGUAUGCCGUCCACCCUUCCAUGGGCUUGGCUGGUAACUAGAGCCAAUAUCUGUUUAAGGAUA